AAACGGUGUCAGGUUCCUCAACACAGAAGAGAUUCUCGAUUCUCGAAGAUCAGAAAAUCUUUCAAAACUUCAGAAUAUGGAAGACGACCCUUUUGAUUUCGAGUCGGAUGCUCUACUCGCAUCUUCACCCGUUGUCGCCCCCAAAAAAAGGAAAAAAGUGAUUGGUCUGGAUGAUUUACUAGUGGAUCACUACAAGGAGAAGAAUAGGGUAAUCGAAAGGGAAUCAAAAAUAGCUAAAACUAAAAAAGCCUACAACUCUGAUGAUGAAGAAGACGGAAGAGUUGCCAAAUUAUCUAAAUACGUUGACGAAUGUCAUGAAAAGAUGACAAAACUAAGUGAUGAGGAUGAUGUUUCCAUUUGGGGUCUUCAAGUUUUUGGGAACCAGAAAUCCCCACCUUCAUUUGAAUUUACCAAUCUUCAAAGCUGCUCCAUUUUUCAUUCUUUUUUGAACCAUGAAGUGAAUUCAUUGGUUGAGCUUAGUACCAAAUCAGGAGAAAUAUUCUUUGAGGGUUUAUUGACUAAUGGCUGGCUAUUGAAAUUGGUCCAAAAAUAUGGCAAAGUAGAAAAAUCCAUAGCAACAUGGACUUUUCACUUAAUGUUGUACUCAUCAAAGGAAGCUCUCAGAAGUGCUGCAGUCAACUUUUGGUGUGCAAUUUUGCUAAAAAAUGAGGGUGAAUCAUUGUCUUUAAAGAUUGAUUGGCUUCCAACUUAUUUGGAACUCAAUGGUGCCCUUGAAACUUAUGGAUAUUUACUGAAUUCACCUAAAAAAGAUUCUUGUGAUACUGAAAUGGACCUUGGAGAUUCCGAACACGUGGGCCCACCUCAAAACAUUAGAGCAUGGAUCAAAUACAUCUCUACUUGUAGCCAAGCAAGGAAGUUUCAUUUUAUUUUCUCAACAUCAGAAGUAGAAGAGUUGGUGGUUGUUAUCGUUCGUCUUAUGUUAGAUCGACAGUUACUAGGCUUGUCUGUGGAUUUAUAUGAAUGUAUGAUAUCUUUGAUUAAUUUCUUCAAAGAUGAAGAAUGGAGUGCCAGCUGUACAAAAAUAUCAAAAUCCAUUGCUUCAAGGAUUCCUCUGGAUAUCAAUUGCUUGAGAGCUGUUGAGUGUAUUCCUUCAGUUUGCUUGCACUCCAAGCAACUUAGAAGUGAAAUUGCUUUCAGGAUUCUUCUAGGUUAUUUUAACAAGGUAGAGAAUGAAGAAGAGGUGAUAAGACAACUGACAUUGAUCAAUCUAAAAGACAAAACUUGUGAUCUUUUUAGAAUUUAUAAUUACUUGGUGUUGACUGAAAACUGGUUUUUAUAUAAUCCAAUGAUGAAAGAGAAGACAUUGUUGAAUGAAAUGUGGGGCCUUUAUCUACGCAAUUGUUGUUGUCAAAUCAACAUUACUGACACAAGGUCUUAUGCUUCAAAGGUUCGAAGUAAAGCUUCUUAUCUUGUUCAAGUCACGAGUGAUACAAUGAUAGUGUAGUUUUAGUCAUGCUAAUUUGUACUUGGUGUUGAUCUUUUAAAGGGGAUUUGUAAAAUUGUUAUGAGCUAUUUGACUUAUGUUGGUUUUGUAGUUAUGGUAGAUGUACUUUGAAAAGUGUUGCAUGUAUACUUUAUGAUUGAAAAUGGU